GAGAAUCCAAUCCGGUUUGAGCUAGUUUUCCUUCCAAUGGAGCAGUAACGUCUCGCUGCACCGAGUCUCUCUGUAUUGGCACAGCUUUAUCCAGAAUAUACCACUGUUUCUUUCUGUAUUUAGUACCGUUCGGCGCUUUUUUCCUUUCUUUUUAAAUUUAUAAAGCUCUCCACACAAUGCCUAAAAGGAGCAAAGCAGCUGCAGGAGGGGACUCAGCACCCAAGAGGAGGUCUCUCAGGUUGAAAGAUAAACCUGCACCUGCAAAGGCUGAGCCCAAACCCAAGCCAAAGAAAGGACCUGCUAAAGGGAAGAAGGCCAAGGAGGUGGAGAAGGUCAAGCCUGAGGACAAAGCAGCAGACGCCCCUGCUGAGAACGGUGAAGCCAAAGCUGAGGAAGAAGCACCAGCUUCAGAUGCAGCUGAUGAAGAUGAAGCUUCAGAAUAAUGCCACUCGGUCUUUUCACACUUUUCCCUGUACCUCUUUUUUUGUACAAUUCAGGGGGAAUAUUUUUAUCAACUGUUUUCUAAGUACGAGUUUUUUAGUAGUUUGAUUGUAGAGAACACUUUUUAUAUAUAAUGACAAAAAGUCAAUUUGGACAUGGGAAAAAGAUCAAAUUCUAUUUGCGUUACCUUGAAAAUGGUGGUCGUUGUUACUGUCAGUGCAUUUGUUUUUAGUUCUAAAUGUGAAGGAGGGAGUGGCUCAGCUCGGCCAGUCAACAUUUACAGGAUCUCGGGCAACAUCUGGAGCAGCGUACCUGCCUCUAGUACAUUCCACAUGUUUUAUAAGGGACAGUGGUGUUUCCUUAUUUAUACUGGACAGUGUUUUAGAACGUUUGUGACCUUUGUCCUGUGUGUUUCUAUACAAUGAUGAAAUUACUUCUCUGCAUUUAACCCUUCACACGUGACAUACAACCAAGAGGAGAGUGGGCAGCUGUGGAAGCAUCCAGGGAUUAGAUGCCUUGCUCAAGGACACCACGACAUGUAUGCGUGGCAGGGAGUUGAACCUGAGGCGUUCUGGUCCCACAUCAGCUGCCCUCUACACCACAGCGGCCACUCCUGGGUUACAGCACCUGGUGUUGGCAGGCGCUCUCCCGUCCACGGGGCGUGUUCGGGGUGUCAGCCCCUGCAGGUUCUCGUCAGUCCGUAGUACUGGAGCUGUCCUCAGAGCCUUGUCACAUGGUGUCUGGUGUUUCUGUAAAGCUGCGUCACUGAGCAGCACGCCGUGGUGCUGCGUCACUGAGCA